AUGUCAGGGUACAGCUGUCACACUAGUGAGGAGCAGAAAAAAUUGAGCAAGUCUGAGGUUUAUGGUCAUGAAUGCCCUGUGGCUGCUCUUGAAAACCCACUCCCUGAAGCAGAAGAUGAAGAACUGGAGUGGAAAUGCACCAAUGUACUUGACAGUUUGAAGUUUACAGCCAGUGAGAGUGAGUCAGAGGAUGAGCUUGAACAUGAUGAUGCCACAUUCCAAGUCAUGGGUGUUGGUGAGGCUGAUCUCUGUGCUCAGUUGGUCAACCUUGCCAUUAGUGCUGGUGAUGACCCUCUUGGUGAGACUUGGUUACCUCUGAGAGAAGCAAAGUGUGCUGCCUAA